UUCACCCCCCUAUGACAGUGACAAAUUGUCAGAAUACAUAGAAUGUAUUAAUUGUUGAGAAAAUAAUUAUUAUAAAAAUUUCGUUGCUAAAAACUGUUUUGUGGUGUAGAAAUUGAUAAUUUACUUAAUACAUUGAAAGAUAAAACAUGAAGUGUUGCGUGCCGGACUGUGGGUACAUCGGUAGAGUCAGAAGUUUCGAUACAAACCGUCAAAAGAACACUUUACAUUCGUUCCCGAAAGACCCAAAGCACCGUGAAGCGUGGUUGGAGGCUCUGGCUAUCCCAAAUUUUGAGCCAAACAGCAAGUCUUUUAUAUGUUCACAACAUUUCCUGGAUAAAGACAUACAUGUAACUAAAAAUGGGCACAAAAGACUCAGAAAUGGCGCUGUACCUAUUAUACAUGAUUCAGACGCACCGGCUGAUUCAAGGAUUUGUAAGCUGUGUUUGACUUUGGACGCUAAAAUGUAUCAAUUAAGCAAUCAAAAGCUACAUAUCAUGUAUAGAGAUAUAAUGGGUACCCCACCGAACAAAGGUGUGAGCAACAAGCUACCGAUGGGUAUAUGCUAUGUUUGCGCUGCGAAGCUACAAGCGGCUUCGGCUUUCAGGUGCAAAGCGCUUAUAAGCGACGCUCUGCUCAAAGAGCAUUAUUUGACCCAUGAUCAUCUAACCGUAUCAGAUGUCCGGACUCUAUACAAGAAGCAUCCCGACUUAAAAUCGCAAUUAUCAAGCAAGGAAGUUUUCAAAUUUAAUAGUACCAAUAUUGUCGACUUAAUACCACAACCAUUUGUCAAAACUGAGAAUAACAGCACACAAGUAGAAAUAGAAAUAAGUAAUUUAGAUCAAAAUAAUGUUAAAGAUGAAUCUAAUAUGAAUUUAAGUGUCAAAAGUGAAAUUAAUCUUCUAUCUCUAAAUGAUGAAUCAAUAACGUUUGAUGGUGACAAUUUUGAUGGUCCAUCAAAAAUUGACUUUUUUGAUAAUAUCGUGUUCGUCAAAAGUCAAAAUGAGAGUGAGAGUCAGAUUAUUGAUGAAAAAAGUGAGUUUUCGAAAUCUGUUGAAUCUGAUUUUGAUUUUGAAAAUGAUAGACAAAUGAAUGAUGGGAAUACGGCUAAUGUUGUGGUUGAUGUCACUUCUGCUAUUAAGAAGAAGAAGAAGGUUGGAAGUAAAGUUAAGAAGACUGAAGAUGAUGAACCUGUGAAAAGGGGGCGCAAAAGAAAAAAACCUUACGUCCGGCCUUCCAAAGCGAUAGACGAAAAUGUUUUCUCUGUAACUAAUUUAGACCAUGAAAAGUUAAAGAAAGAAGUUUUGAAUCGACAGUAUUCACACAAAUAUAAGCAGAGUUCUCACAAAUGCACCGUUUGUUUCAAAUGGUUUCCAUCGCAGGAUAAAUUGGAAAGACACGCCUUCAAACAUAGUGAGCUCAGCGGGCCUCUAGCAUGUGAAAUAUGUUUCGUACGAAUAAAAUCUCCGAGGCAUAUGCGAGCACAUAUGAAGCAUCAACAUAGCGAAGAAUUUACGUGCAAACUAUGUCCUCUAGUCACCAGGAACAGGAAUGUUGCGUUAGGACAUAUGAAGUACCAUGCCGGUGACAAGUACUCCUGCCCGCGGUGUUCCAUGGAAUUUGAGAAACAGACGACGUAUCUGAACCAUUUGCGAUUGAAACAUAUGUCGGAUUGUGUGUGUGAAUUCUGUGGUUAUACAUUUAUAAAUAAAAAGGGUGUUACCACUCAUAAACUACUUAGACACAGAUUUGCUAAUGAUGGUGAAGAAUUUAAAGGCCCUUAUUGCGAAGUAUGUGAGGUGCAAUUCUUAAAUCAGAAAGCGUAUGAUAGACAUCUUAGAUUGUCCUCUAAACACGUUAUGAGUGAAAAUGAUCCAAAUCGUCUCAGCAACGAUCCCUCAAUAAAGUCUAGAAGGAUCGCUGCUCAAUACUCGCGAGCGGUCAGAAGGCCUAUGAUACGGCGCCGCGAGCCCAACGAAGCUCCCGACAACGGACCCAUCACUUGUGAACAGUGCGGGCUAGUAAUCCCGGGCUACCGGCUGUACGCGGCGCACUUCCGCCGCCGUCACCCGGGGCUCACCCGCGCGCAGUACGCGCCCGCCGCCACGCCGUACAUGUGCGAGCAGUGUGGGAAAAUGUUUAACAACGCAACAACUCUAGCCGGCCACAUGUGGCUACACACUGGUCACAAGCGCUUCCAAUGCGAUCACUGUCACAAAACUUUCAGUAUGAAAUCCAACUUGGCUGGUCAUAUGAAGUUACACGAGUCUGUUAGAAAGCUGUUCGAGUGUAAUAUUUGUGGGAAACAGUUCGCCUUCACUUUUAAUCUGACGAGGCAUAUGUUUAUACACACAGGCUUACGUCCUUUCAAAUGCGAUGCUUGUGAGAAAGCGUUCCGCACAUCAGGCGAGCUCCGCGCUCACGUAGACCACGUGCACCUGAAGAAGCCGCGACCCAAGCGCGUCAGGCGCAGGAACAAGUGUCAACUGCCUAGCGCGGAGUAUUAGCUCAUAUCACAUAUAGCUUGCAGUCUGAAUACUAAUGUUAUAGACAACUUUCCAGUUUUCACUGCGUCUCGAAGGAACUUCUUGCUGUAUCCGGAUAAAAUAUGCCUUUAUCGCAGGGUUUCUUAAGCUUUUUGCAGUAUCGGACCACUAUUCCACGGAUCCCUGGCAAAAA